AUGAAUACAUGCCCUGAGAACCAGAUGCCCCGCGUGCGUGUCAGGAGCACACCUCCCGAGACAUUCCAGCCGGCGUACGGCCAGAGGCAGAAGCGGUACGAGUCCUUGCGGGCAGUGGCCCUUGCAAUGGGCUUGCAGCCAUCCACACAAAUUGCUGCAAACUGCACAGAGGCCAUCCGCAACAGGGCAUCCAAGAAGGGCAUGUCAACAGGACUGGGCAUCAGCCGAUGUGUUGCUGGAGCCGAAGGCGCCUUCAGCAGGCGACGGCUGCAGGGAGUAUUUGAGCUCCCAGAAGAGCAGUACAGCACACGAUCCGGUCCUACACAGGCAGGCGCAGCAAAGAGGCAACGCCGCGGGACUGCAGAACGCACACAAGUUACGGCUGUGUUCCAAGGCGGCGGCGGGCAGAUUGCACCCCCACAGGUCUCCCAGCAAAUUUACUACCCAAGAGACCCCCGCCUGGCACAGCACACUUUGAACGCCCCAAGGACAGCCGGCCACCGCAGCAGGAGCAACAGCAGCAGCCAUGCACCUGCCAGGCCGUACAAGACCUCGGCAAAGCAGCCGGCAGUGGCAGGGGAGCCCAGCAGGGCACACAGCAUGCAGCAGUAUCAGGAUCAGGCAGAGCUGGUGCAGCAGCUGAAGAAGCAGGUGAGGGAGCUGACUGUGCGGGUGACUAAGAGGGACGAGGAGAUGGAAGUGAUGAUGAAGACAGUGAGUCAUCUCAUCAGCGAAAACAGCGCUCUCAAGGCAGCGGGCCAGAAUUAG